AUGGCGUCUGUAGAGCAGAUGUUCUGGGGACUUUUCUUACAGAUGCUGGUCCCCGCAGCUCUAUUCUGCUUCCUUGCACCCCUCGCCAUCUUCCUUUCGCUAUUCCUCUCCCACAAUUCCCCGAUACCCAAAAUUCGUCACAGGGGCACACCUGUCCAUCUCCUCGUGGUAUUGGGCAGCGGUGGUCACACAGCGGAAAUGUUCUACAUGCUAGAAAAGAAUCUCGGCUUUCCGGCCUACACUCAUCGAACCUACGUGGUAACUUCCGGCGACAACUUCAGCGCUGUCAAAGCCGCCGAGUUCGAAGCGAGACAUAGUAAGGAGGGAAAUUCAUAUAGCAUUGCAACUAUUCCACGCGCACGCAGGGUGCAUCAAUCAUACUGGACAGCUCCUUUCUCGACGCUUCAAUGCUUCUGGGCGUGUAUCCUCGUCCUUCUCCGACGACACCCCGACCUGACCCCCCUUCCUGCGAAAUACCCCUCACCUUACCCCGAUAUUAUUCUUUCCAACGGCCCGGCAGUCGCUGUGUGUAUGAUACUCGCCGCUAAAGUGAUUCGUUUUUGCAUUUUUAUUCCCCAAUGGGUCACUGGUCGUCAGUCCAAGCCUCAAGUGUCGAGGCUUCGGACCGUUUUCGUGGAAUCAUGGGCCCGUGUCAAGAAAUUGAGCACAUCUGGAGUCAUCCUGCUUCCGUUAGCUGACAAGUUUCUUGUCCAAUGGCCCGACCUGGCUGGACGGCGAGCGUGGCCGGGAAUGAAGAGAACCGAGUAUGCUGGCUGGGUUGUCCUCUAA